AUGGGAAUAUCUGGGCUUUUGCCUCUCCUCAAGGACAUCCACAACACCAAGCAUCUCUCCGAAUUUCGUGGCCAGACACUCGCCGUCGACGCAUAUGUCUGGCUCCAUAGAGGCACAUACGGAUGUGCGGCGGAGAUCGCCACGGGGAAGAAGACGUCAAAAUACGUCGAGUACGCGAUGCAUCGCGUGCGGCUGUUGCGCCACCACGGCAUCGCGCCGUUCCUCGUCUUCGACGGGGGGCCACUGCCCGCGAAGAAGGGCACGGAGGCGGAGCGCCGCGCGCGCCGCGCGGAGGCCCUCGCGCGUGCGAACGCGCUUGCGGCGCAGGGCGAGCACGCACGCGCCAGGGAGUGUUAUGUCAAGUGCGUGGACGUGACGCCGCAGAUGGCGUAUCAGCUCAUCAAGGCUCUGCGCGUGGAGGGCGUGCCCUACGUCGUGGCGCCGUACGAAGCCGACGCGCAGCUGGCGUACCUCGAGCGGAUCGGCCUCGUGGACGGGAUCAUGACAGAGGACUCGGACCUGCUCGUCUUUGGCUGCAAGAACGUGCUCUUCAAGCUCGACCCCGCCGCGGCGACCGUGACGCACAUUUCGCGCGCUGACUUUGCCGCCGUCGCGUCCGCGGACGGGGGCGGGAGCGGGCUGUCGCUUCUCGGGUGGUCCGACGCGCAAUUUCGCACGAUGGCGAUCCUAAGCGGGUGCGACUACCUCCCGAGCAUCCCGGGGAUCGGGCUGAAGACGGCGUGGGCGCUCCUGCGGAAACACAGGACGGUGGAGAACAUGGUGGAUGCGCUGCGCCUCGAGGGCAAGAAGAAGGUGCCCAAAGGCUACUUGGACGCGUUUCGCCGCGCGGAGAGGGUGUUCAUGCACCAGCGCGUGUACGACCCUGCGCAGGAGUGCUUGGUCUACCUGACUCCGCUCCCCGAGGACGAGGUGCAGAGCUGCCGGUGGGGCGAGGAAGACGAGGCGUAUGUCGGAGCGUGA